AGGGAACAUAAUUUCUCACAUAGCUUCAAACUCACUAUCAAACCCAAAGCCCUUUGUAUUUCUAAAUACUAAAUAGUAAUAUAAAUCAAAAGAUAUUAAACAAAGAAAGAAAGAAAAUUUCUGUAAACUAAAUGACGCGUUUCAAUGGCGGCUACAUGUUCAUAUAUAUAUCCAAUCUUUUCUCUAGUUUUCCAAUAACGAAACUCCAUCAACCCCAGAAAAUAUCUCAUACACUCAUGUUCGCGUUUUGCUUCUUCGUCUUCUUAUCAUCUUUCUCUGUCUUCCUUUUCUCUUUCUCUGUCUACAAAUGGUUAAGGAAAACAGAGCAAGCCCAGAAGAAACCGAACCAGACUGACCCUUUACGAUAUGAAGCUUCCUUGUCUGAGACUAAUGGUGAAACUCAUCAAACUCCUGAAGAUAAGUCGGCCCAUUUGACCCAUUCGACUCGUUCACUUCUUCUUGAGAUUUUACCCUCCGAUUCCCCGAAAUGGGAGAGCUUGUUUGAGAAUGAAAAGCGUUGUGACCCGGCUACUGACGGGUCGGGUUUUGAUGGGGAGAAGGGUAGAUUGGUUGGAGAUCAGAGAGGGAAGAAGAAGAAAAAGAGGAGCAAGAAGAAAAGUUCGAAUUCGAAAGGCGAAGAUAAUGGUGAAGAAGAUGGUUCUCAUUUAGAGAAAAGCGAUUUGGGUUCGGGUUAUCGGGAGAAACCUGAUUUGGUUUGUUUGUACCCGUUUACAUCGUCGAGUAGUGUUACACAGAGGAAGAUCAAACAACAAUAUGAUGAACUUAUGAAGUGUCACCAAUCCAAGGGAUUGACACUGGCUCAGAUAGGAGAUUUUGCUAAUUGUUUGGUGGAAGCUAAAAAUGAGAUGCAGCACAAGGCUGAUCUCAUCCAGCGUAAAUUCACUAUUACAAAGGCUUUACUAUGCAAAGCAGACCGAUCAUCCUUUGAUCGUCUUCGUCAGCAGAUAUAUAAAUUAGAAUUAGAGCAAAAGAGACUGGAAGAGGAUGCAUUCGUUUACAAUUGGCUCCAACAACAGCUCAAACUUUCACCGGCAUACAAGAAGAUGCUGGAAAUCGGUGCUCGCAUGGAGCUAAAAGCAAAAUCCGAAGAGUUGAUAGAAACAGCAGAUGCGGAAUACUCUGACAUUUCUUUUGAAGAGUUACUAGCACAAGAAAAGAAAGAUUCAUUUUGGCAGAGGAAUGGGAAAUUGAGAGCUUGCUCAAACUAAUGAGUGUGACUAGCUAACUGUAGUUAUGGGGUCUUUCAGUUCAGCUCAGUUCAGCAGCAUGUAUAUCCUACACCCGAAGACAUAGUUCUUUGAACUGCCUGUUGUUCCUUGAACCGCGGGGCAAUGAAAACGAAUUCCAAUUUUUUAUUUUCUUGGUAGGUUUUUCUCCCAAUGAAGCCGGUUUAAGCCAAAAGCAGCGUACCCAGUUUUCUGAAUUUAGGCAUUUUCUACUAAUGGGCAACAUUUUCUGAGUUUAUUGAAGUCUAAAAUGUGCUCUCCAUACCUGAUCCUGAGCUGGGUUCUCUUUUUGAGGUUUUGAGCCUUUGAGGGGUACCUAUUUGCAUAAACCAAAGCUUUAUUGAAUUAAAGUUUCAAAUGCAUGGUGCAAUGUCUGUGCAAUAGAUUUUCUUCUUCUUAUUCUUCUUCCAUAUAAUAUACAUUCUCUAUACAUGUAUGAUUGAGUGAUAUGGAUUACAAUUACAUUUACGGACUUCAAGUGAUAAUGCAUCGAAGGCACUGAGGAAUGUGCUUUUGAGUUUUGGGA